AUGUACGGGGUGGCAAGGGAGUGGCCGGCGGUGCGAUGGGAUGUUGUUGUUUUCUUAUAUAUAUAUAUAUACAGGAGAGAAAAGGCCAGGCCAGCGGAGGAUGACGUUAUUAUAGGGAGCGGUCGCCACCAGAAAAAACGCAACCAGAGCAAACCACAGGAACAGGAGAGAAGCGAGAGGGAAGAAGAAGAAGAGAAGAAGCGAAGAAGCGUAGAAGAAGAAGAAGAAGAAGAACAAGGCUCAGGCGGAAGACGGGUUGAGGGUUCAGGAACAGGCGAGCGAGACAAAGGGGCGACAGAGAGAGACAAGAGAGAGAUACGAGACAGAGAUACGAGACAGAGAGCGAGUGAGAGACGAGACGAUGCUGUCACUGACAAUGUCGUCCAGUCGUUGGGUCGUGAGUCGUUGCAGUCCAGCGAAGAGGCAGACGUAGGCAGUAAAAACGCACAAGGGAUGAAGACGAGAGCGAGACGAGAACGAGACGAGAAGAACGUCGGCGACCGGUCCGUUGGUGGACGCAGGCGAACCGUGGUUGAGCGCCAGGCGAAGGCGAAAGUCUCGAUCCACGGGGGAGAAGACGAAGACGCAGAAGAGAAGAAGAAGAAGAAGAAGAAGAAGCAAAGAGAGAUCGAAUUCUAUCCGUGGCUGCAGCCGGCCAGCCAGCCGGCCAGCCAGCCAGCCAGCAGAGGGAUUGGAUUAUAUAUGUACACAGCGCUCCUAUCUUACAGCUCGAGGCGAGGACAUCGUCAUACGUCUGUCCUCGAAGACGUCCUCGCCUCGCCGUGA